ACACCCUCCAAAACAAACCAUAUAGUUGUAUCAUUGUUACUUCCAAACCCUUAAAAAUUCACUCUUUCCUAUAACAAAAUCCAAUAAUAAAAGAUUAAUUAAAAAUGGCGAAGUCAGAUCCUCUGAUCAUUGGAAGAGUAGUUGGGGAUGUAAUAGACCCAUUUAGUCCAAGUGUGAGAAUGUCUGUUACUUAUAAAACCAAGCAAGUUUAUAAUGGCCAUGAACUUUUCCCUUCCGCUGUCACUCUUAAGCCUAGGGUUCAAGUUCAUGAUGGUGGCAUGAAAUCCUUUUUCACUUUGGUGAUGACAGAUCCAGAUGUUCCUGGACCCAGUGAUCCUUACCUGAGAGAGCACCUCCACUGGAUAGUCACAGAUAUUCCAGGCACAACAGAUACCACUUUUGGAAAAGAGAUAGUUAGCUAUGAAAUGCCAAGGCCAAACAUAGGAAUACACAGGUUUGUGUUCAUACUCUUCAAACAGAAACGUAGGGGAAGUGUGGCCCCACCUUGCAGUCGAGAUGGAUUCUGUACCAACAAAUUUGCUCAACUAAAUGAACUUGGUCUUCCUGUUGCUGCUGUCUUCUUCAAUUGUCAAAGGGAAACAGCUGCUCGCAGGCGCUAGCUAGCUAAUUACUCAUUAAUUAAUCACUUCAUUAAUUAAUUAACCUCAUCAAUUUAUGUAUCAAUUAUUAAUUAUGUACCAUAUAUAAUUGUGUUGACCUAACUAGCUAGCUUUAACAAGACGAUACAUUAUGGUUAUUAGUUUAUGGACGGGUUGCCGUUGCAUGCUAUGUCAUGUGUUUGGCUUAUUAUUAGCUUGUAUUAUGCAUGUUUAUGAUAUGUAUUAUUUGUAAGGAUUAAUUUCACCAUCUAUUAACCAUCUUUCUAAUAAUAUUUGAG